AUGAAUCCGUUUGCAGAGGACAUACAGUUUGACCCCAGGCUCUAUGAGGUAGUUUCUAGAGCCGGGAAAAAGAAUGACAAGACAAAGCUUAAGGGACUUCGAGAGCUAAAUGACAUGCUGGACGGUGUUGAUUUAGAAGCAAACAUCGAUACAUUGUUAGAGGUGGUAGAGGAUGCAAUGAAGUCUCAAGACCUCCAGAUAAAGAACCUAUCGAUCGAUAUUCUCUACAGGCUUCUCUCUUCGGUAAAGGAUAGGCUGAAGUUCAAGAGGGUGCUCUCUAUUUGGCUUUAUGGAUUUAUAGAAAACCCUGUAUAUUCCACCUCAAAAAAGAUCUUCACUGAGUUUGUGAGGAUUGAAGAAUUGGAAGACGAAUUCGUGCAGAUAUUAAACUUUAAGGAAAACCCUGUGCUUGGAUUGUCCUGCUUGCAGCUCCUGGUAAAGAAAGGAAGAAAGGACUACUCAGGAGUGAUUUCAGAAAACAUCAAGUACCUAGAUUUAAACUCUGCAAGGGAGUUGAGGGAAAUUUACAAGCUAUGCAAGAUGCAAGGGAAGAUUGAAGGUCUUUACAAAAAGGUUGUCGAAGUUAGGGGGCCUAAUCUUGCAAAUCUCAAAUGGAAGAUUCUCUUAGAUAUAUUUGGUUCGGUCCCAGAGUGUAUUAAGAGCGAUGGAAAGUAUCUUGACUCUGAAACGCUUUCAAGGGCUGUGGAGAAGUUGGAUGUAUGUGAUGAUAUACCGGUGAGGACCAUUGAUGCACUUCGUAUAGUUUUCCCUAAGAUUAAGGACAAGAGACAUUACAUGAAAGGAUAUCUAAAAAACGGAUCUAUAGAGGAAAUAUGUAUUCUUGAGUUCCUUAACGACUUCCACUUUCUGAACGAGAAUGCAGGUUUUGAGACGGUUAACAAACUGAUUGAGAAUGUGAUGAACAUCCAUUUUCAAAGCGACAGAGAUGUAGAGAAGUCAAUCAGCAAAAUGAACAUAGAGGUUCAUUCAGAAAGUUGUCCUUCUCCAAACGAGAAGCUUAGGGAAAGCCAUGAACACAUAUGCUCCUUGGACGAAUCGGAUUUCAGAGGAAGUAUUCUUAGAAUGCUUUUAUCUUCGCUAGAUGGGCUCCAUGGAAAGAAGAAGAUAAUCCGAGCAGAUAUCUUGGGGAUAGAACUUAAUCCAGAUGAGUUUUCAAAGGAAGAGAUAGAGGAAGUGUUUCAACAUUCGGUUAAUGUGUUUCCAAAGGACUAUAUUCUGAACUCAUCUUUUAGCUGCAAUCUUCUUCCUUUGGUGCUAAAGUAUCCUGAAGAUGUAGGAGAAGAAAAAAUAAGGAAAACAAUAUGCAAGGAUAACCUCUUUCUAUUUAUUCCUGUGUGCAAGGAUCUAGAUUUUCUAAGGUCACUUGUAUUUUCAUAUGAUAACAGGUCUAUAAACGAGAUCUAUCUAUCUUCGGAUAUCCCUUCUGAGCUAGAUCUGGAUUUUUACUACAGACUCGGAGAUAAAAUAGAUAAGCCUAGGAUUGUGGACUACAAAAGAGUUCUAGAACAAUAUCUGGACCGUGAGUUCAUAAGUGGUAUGAUUGAGAGUGAAAUAAUGGACAGAAAUGUAUUGUACACUACAGUGGUUGAGCAGUUGAGUUUGACAGAUGUUCCCAUUAGUACCAGCUAUACAAGUGCGUUUUAUGAUUGGGACGAAUGCUUUUAUAGAGAUAUUAAGAUUCGAGAGCAAUCGCAAAUGGUUCUGGGGCUUAGAGAUGUAUAUAUAUGUAUACACAAGGGGGCUUUGGAGGCAUUUCUUCUACUUGUUCUAGAUGCCAUGUGUGAUGAUGAGGAUGAGUCCUUAGACGAGAAGCUGAAAAGUAUGGGAGUACCUGGUGGAAAAAAAGCAUUAGCAGAAAGUGUUCUUGGAAGCCAGUCUGCAAUAGAGAAAUGGAAAAACACCGAUUUGGGAACAAAUCAGCACUUUGUUGAAAAGGUGUUUUUCGAUCUAGGUCUUCCAUCGAGAAGAUGUGGUGAUAAAAAACUUGAGCAACUUCUGGAGGAAGGAGGGCCACGAGCGAUUGAUUAUGUUUUUAGGAAGCACAUCAUUCCUCCACGAUUUGUUGCAUCGGUGGACUUUAGUUAUCUCAGUAACAAGGCGCUUAUGUAUGUAAUCGGUAUCCUGGAACGGGGAUCUAGGAAUGGCUUCCCAAUAAGAUUUGAGGAAUUCCCAGUGGAAGAUCUGGAAAGUUGUUUCUGCGUGGAUAGAAAGGCUAUAGAUACCCAUCUUUUAGAGUCUCUCGGGCUGGUAAGGACUCUUGAAGAUCUCGGUAUAGAAGAAGUUGUCCAGAUGAUAGAAAAGGAUCAGCAGCUGCAAAGAAAGGAACUUUAUAAGAAAAGAUACUCCAUUUAUUCUCCAUUGCUAAGGACCAUUUAUAUCCAUGUAGCAAAUUCCAUACUCAACAUGUACAGUAUAUCGAGGUUGGACAUAAACUCUGUCGAUGACGAGGUCUAUUCUCUCUUAAGGGGAUGUCUCUUUGAAUCGGAGAUUUUGUUCUGGAACCUCCUCCUCAAUUCUCUUCUAACCAUCAGAAACAUUAGGGUCAAUGCCUUCCUAGAGAAGAUGGUUGGGAAAAACGAGAAAUGGAAGGAAUUUCUUCAAGAUGCAGAUCUCGAGCAAAGGUCUCUAUUUGCAUUUGUAUUUCCAAAUUUGUUUGCCACAGCACCCAAGAUGGAGAUAUUUUUGGACCCGUUUAUACUAAAGGAGACGUCCAUAGGAGUAAUAGAUGUUUCUGCUAAGACCCAGAAGCUUACCAACGGAUUCGACAUCAGAAUUACCUAUGAAGCAGGAGGCACUCAAUUUACAGCUCUUAUAUCGAUUCCAUCAGACUAUCCAUACAAAAAGCCUAUAUUUACCUCCGAGAUGGGAAAGAAAAGUCUUCUUAAUCUCAAAAUCAACGAGAUGAUCAAGAGAUGUUCAAAGUUCAUGGAACUUGUGGGGUUGUGGAAGAUCAACAUUGACGAGAAGCUUUCUGGCCAUGGAGAAUGUCCCAUAUGUUAUCUCGUCAUAGACAUACAUGACUCGUCAUUUCCAAAUGCCCAGUGUGAAACGUGCAAAAAUAAGUUCCAUUCACGAUGCAUUGUAAAAUGGGUUGCUGCAGGAACAAGAAACAACUGCCCGAUGUGCAGGAGACCUAUAGAAGUGAUUCCAGGAAAGGGUACGUAG